AUGCUCCUCUGCGUUUUUCUUUGUGCCUUCUUCCUUACGUUUCCAUGGCUUCUCCCAAUUGCCCUUUUCCUUUACUUGGCCGUCCUACUGGUUCUGGAACUUGCUCUCCCUCUUGCGGUGUUGUCUUGUCUCGCCGUUUUUUAUUACUACGUUUGGUGUUCGGUUGCUGCGUAUUUGGAGAAGUGGUUGGCCAUUGCUGAUUUCAGUUGCGUUUCUCAAGUGGUUGAUGCAAAUCCCACUUUGAUCACCAACUUGCCUGUUUGCCCUCGUUUGGGUGGUGUUGCUGUCUCGUCUCGUGUUGCUGGUGCUGUCUCGUCUCGUGGUGCUGUUUCUGCUGUUGCUGUCUCUUGUGGUGUUACUGGUUUGGGAGGUGAAGAUGUUGGUGCUGUUGCUGAAGUUGCUGAGAAGGUUGUUGAAGAAGAUGUCCCUGCUGCUGUUGACGAUGGUGUUGUUCCUGGUGUUGAAGAAGUUGUUCUUGCUGCUGGUGAAGGUGUUCCCGUUGGUGUUGAUCGUGAUUCCGACUCUGCUCGUGGCGUUGUUGAGGUUGCUUUUGUCCCUGCUGGUGCUGUUGUUGUGCCUGAAGUUGGUGGUACUGUUCCCAGUGAUGGUGUUCCUCCUGUUCCUGCUGUGGUGGGUGAACCCGUUCCUGCUGCUCCUAUUGCUCCUGUCGAGGAUGUUCCUUUUGUUGGUGAUGAUGGUGAUCAUGAUGAUGUUGAUGACGAACUUGCCUUCUUGAUGUACCACUUGAGCGUGGAGGAUCGUUUUGACGAGGAUGCCUAUAUGGCUCCUCCUUUUGAUAGGCGCUAUGAAGAACCCGUUGAAUUGAUGGAGAUUGAUGCCGAUAUCAUCUCCAUCAUGUUUGCCAAUUUGACUUUCCCUCCUUUCCCUGCUUUCCUUAACGACGACGAUGACGACGACCCUAUUGAUGUUGAUAUGCCUUUCCUUGAAACUCCCUCACAAGCCGCAACACCUCAACCAUCACCUCCACCAUCACCCACGCCAAUCCCAAUGGAGGUUGAGCCUACAAUCGUUACUCCUGUCACCAAUCCCACCACUACCAGCGCCAUGACCACCAUUAAUACCACCAACAUCACGAUCCGCAAUCCCUUAACACCUAUCACUACUACCGCUCCUAUGACAACCACCACCCCCUCUAUGCCAACCACUAUCUCUAUGCCAACCACAUCUAUGGCACCACCCGCUACCGGCACCACACCUACCACUAGCACUCGUUUUGUCACUCCUGUCACCGCAUCAUCACCACAUCAUCGUCAUCCUACUACUUGUACUGUUACCACUAAUUCCGCCACUCCUCAUGUCACCCUUGCAACACUCGCUUUUCGUCCUCGUCCUUUUACCACCACCAAUCAACCUCGCGUUACACCUACUCCCAUCUCUUCCGAUACCUCCACCAUCAACACCCGCAAAACCACACGACCACCAUCACCACGUCCGCAACCACGUGGUGCAUUACAGCAAGCAAUGCCACAGCCCACCAUGAGAGCUGAAGAUGCAGCUGCACUUGCUGAGUUGUUGCGUGAGUUGGGGGCUGUGGCAGAGGAAGAGGAUGAUGACGAUGAUGACAAUGAGGAAUGGGAGGACAUCUGGGUGCCUUAG